AUGAACAUGAAAAAGACUAUAACUUUUGGCAAAAUUAGUAAAAAUUUAACUAGACAAACAGCCGAAAAUACAGAAUUUGUAAAUUCUGGAUUUGGUACAUUUGGUAAAAAAUCAUUGGAGACUAAUAUAACAAAAAUGAAUGAGAUUAAACCAGAAGAUGAAGAAGAAUCUCAAAGUUUGAAAGAAGUUAUGGGUAUAACAGGAUUUGGAAAAAAGGCUAAGUCCUUUGAUGUGCAAGAAAUGUUGGAGAAUAUUACAAAAACUAUUAAUAGUAAUAAAGCAACUGCUGAACAAAUAAAACUUGUUGAGAAAGCUUCUAAAAUUCAAUCAUCAGAAGAAGAAGAUGAAGAUACUGACAACAAUGAUAUUGAUAAUAAUAUCGACAAUGAGGAAGAUAAUGAUUUUAUUGGACCUCCAAUACCUUCUAAACUUCAGAUUUCAAAUGACUUAGAAGAGACCUCAGAGGUAAAGGAUAACGAUGAUAAUGAAAGUGACCAAGACUCUGAUAUAGAAGAAGAGUUACAAUUAAGAGACAAAAUUCCAUGCAGUCAUGAAGUUACAAUGACUCAUGGGACAAAGGCAGUAACAGCUAUUGCAGCAGAUCCUUCUGGAGCAAGAUUAGCGUCAGGUUCAAUUGAUUAUGAUCUUUGUUUUUGGGAUUUUGCUGGUAUGGACUCAUCAAUGAGAAGUUUCAGAACAUUACAACCUUGUGAAAAUCAUCCAAUUAAAUGUCUACAAUACUCAAUGACUGGUGAUGUCAUAUUAGUCAUAUCAGGUUCUGCACAAGCAAAGGUUUUAGAUAGAGAUGGUUUUGAGAAAUGUGAAACUGUGAAAGGAGAUCAAUAUAUAACAGAUAUGGCACGUACGAAAGGUCAUACAGCAGGAUUAAAUAGUGGUUGUUGGCAUCCAUUCACAAAAGAGGAAUAUCUUACUUGUUCACAAGAUAGUACAUGUAGAAUAUGGAUUUUGUAUAGACCACGUGCACAUAAAUAUCUUAUAAAGUGUAGAGCACAAAAUGGAGUUAAGACCAUACCAACUUCGUGUGGUUAUAGUAGAGAGGGUAAUGUAGUGGCUUGUGGUUGCAUAGAUGGUUCUAUACAGAUGUGGGAUCAUAGAAAAAAUUUUGUUAAUCCAUCACUAAUUCAGAGAAAUGCACAUGCUCAGGGUGCCGAGAUAUCAAGUAUAAGCUUCUCUUAUCUUGGAUUUAUGCUUGCAACAAGAAGUUGUGACGACACAUUAAAGCUUUGGGAUUUAAGAACAUUUAAAACACCUAUUUUUGAGGCAAAAAAUUUAUAUUCUCGAUAUGAUACAACAGACUGUAUGUUUAAUCCAGAUGAUUCAGUCCUUAUUACUGGAGAGUCUUUGAGCAAAGGUCAAAAUAUAGGUAGAAUUCUAUUUUACGAUACAAAGACUUUUGAUUUAAUUAAUGAAAUAAGUGUAACUAAUUCACAUGUUAUUAAAACAUUAUGGCAUCCAAAACUAAAUCAGAUAUUUGUCGGUUGUGGAAAUGGAAUAGUUAAAGUAUAUUAUGAUUCUAAGAAGAGUUUAAGAGGUGCAAAAUUAUGCGUUGUAAAAACACAUUUGAAACAAAAACAUAUUGAAGUAAUGUCAACCCAACAAAUUAUUACGCCACAUGCACUUCCAUUAUUCAGACAAGACAGACCUAAAUCAGUUCGUAAGCAAAUGGAAAAAGAUCGUUUAGAUCCCGUUAAAUCGAGAAGGCCAGAUUUACCAAUCACUUCCGGUCAGGGUGGAAGGGUUGCAUCUUCUGGUGGAACACUUAGUUCUUAUGUAAUUCGCAAUUUGGGACUUAGUAAGAGGAUAGAAGAUGACCAAGACCCGCGAGAGGCUAUUUUGAAAUAUGCAAAAGUUGCAGAAGAAAAUCCAUAUUGGAUUGCACCAGCAUAUAAAAAGACACAGCCGCAAACAAUAUUUCAAACGGAUGAACAGGAUGGAGCGCCAAGUACGAAAAAGCAAAAAACCUAAAGAUUAUAUAUUGCUUUGUAUAAAU